AUGAUGAGCUCUGACACACAGGACAAGGGUGGCCUGGCGGUGCUUGGACAAGGUGGCACCAAGCCGAAGGUUGACAAGAAGGACCGCAAGGCCUUGUUGGGCAAUCUUGGUUUGGACCCAUCAAGCGACGAGUACAAGGAGACGCAUGAGCCUCCGCCUGGUGGCUGGACCAACAACGCCAGAGCUGGUGUCACCUCACUUCCCAAAACUGGGUAUGGAGGUGAGCUUCAGCUCCUGGAGGAUCACAGGUCACAAACAAUCCACUUCAGCGACUUGACAGACAGCUCCCGCUUCACCUGCCAACAGAAUGCUUGGGGCCCAGGCCCGGGAGGCCCAGCUCCGGCUCCGACGCUGAAGGGCUACCCACAUCCCCAGAUUGAGCUCGACCAUCCAGAGAGCUUCGUACAUGUGCACUUGGAGGACAGGUCCGCGGGCCCAACUCCACACGUUCUAUGGGACGCUGCCUACGAUAUGGGUGGAACUGAGGUUCUCAAGUCGACCGCAGCUGCCAUGUGGGGCCAGCGGCCAAACUUGGAGCUCAUUUGUCCCCCCAAGCAUGGGCCGCCGCACUGGCUCGAGCGGACGAUAUCUCGCGAGUCUAAUGUGAGAAGGCGGCCCUACAUGAUGCAAGACUUCAUCGCCUCCCAGGUCAUCUCGGCAUACAGGCCAGAUCAUGAUCCUCAGCUGGACGCAUUCUCGAUGGACGUUGAUUCCGGAAAUUCGGGCAAAGUACCCAAAACUACGUUUCUGAAAAGCUGA